AUGUCGUCGUCGCAGACCAUGACAGCGCCAGCGGUGGGCCAUCGUCCUCCGGAUGCUGCCCCGGAUAUGUCGUCCGUGUACGACUAUUCCCGCUCACAACAGCAGCAGCAUCUUGACCCUCAACCGCAUCCAUCCCCGCCCAACGACUCCGCAAUCCGCGCUUUGCACGAUCCUGCCCCCGACUCCCUCGAUCCUUCCUCUCCCAAUGGCCUACCCGCCCUCUCCUCGACUAUGGUCAAGGCCGAACCCGACGAUCAAACCUCUAUAUCUCCUGCGCCGCAAGAUACUCAAUCCGAUCUCCGUCGUCAGUCCGCCGCCAGUGCGCUGCUGGCCCAGCUCCUUGGCAAUCAAUCCUCCUCCGGCCCAUCACCGUCCGAGGACCACCCAAUGCCGCCAGCUCCGCAAGAGACAGACCAACCACAACAGAUCGACGACAAAUCAAAUCUUCAAUGGUCUAUGGAUUCAACCUCGGAGCCUCCGGCCGUUGCGCCUACCGACUCGACCGGCGGAGGCGCGGAUCAAAUCCCGCCGACAUCAACCGACCUGUCGCUUUCGCAUCACCAUCAGGAGGAAAACUUCGAGCAUCAAACCGAUUUGUCUUCAGCCCACCACGAACAAGAAUCAAAUCCAGCCAUUAACACGAAUGACCCAAUAGACGGCUUAACAGAUCCAUUGCUUUUCUCAAAGACCGGCAUCGAUCACGCCGACCUCUUCAACCCGUUCGACGUGUCGUCCUCUUCAAAGAAUCCAUUCGAUGCAUUACAGCACAGUGAAAUGCUUACAGAUGCCUAUCUAUCGCAAAACGCCGACCUCUCUGCCCUUGCGUAUCCUGGUUUGCCUCAGGAUGGCUCAGGCUCCGUCGACGGCUCCGAACCUCGGAUUCAGGCCUUUGCGAAGCUGGAGUUCGAUGAUGGUCAUUUUUACUGCAAUACCUAUUCUUUCAUUCUCGGUCGUGAUGUACGAGCCGCUCGGGCUGCGCACCAACGUGAGAUACAAGUUCGACAGGCAAUGAGGACAUCGCGAGCGAAAAGCUCCAGUGGUGGAAACAUGUCGCAUACUCCGGUCCGUGUGAAGCAUGAGGGCAGUGGAAUUAUGGGCAGCGUCGUCAGUGACCGUGGUGGAAUUAUGGGCUUUGAUCCCGAUGUCUCUCACCUUCCCCCUCGACUCAGUCGUCGAUCGUCUGUCUCGUCGCAUGCGGAAUCGGGCGCUCCGCUACAUGCGACCCCGGCCCAACUUCAAUCGACCGAUAAUAACACCACCGACUACAAUGCGCUGGCGAUGCAGUCAUUGAAUGAAGAAAACGGCGAUGCAAAGCCGGUUGAUGCUCUUGCGCUGCUCCCUUCUCCGGACGCAUGUCCGACUAUCCCCAUUCACCCCCCGGCCACGGUCGACGGCAGUGCCGCUGGCCAUCGUGGUAUUUCGCGCAAACACGUAAAGAUCGCUUACAAUUUUGACAAGAACCUGUUCGAGAUGGAAGUCAUGGGACGGAAUGGCGCAUUUAUUGGCGCUGAUUGGUUAUCACCUGGCCAGGUCAGACCGUUACAUAGCGGCGAUUACAUCCAAAUUGGAGGUGUUCGCAUACGUUUUCUUCUACCAGACGUACCAAUCGGUGAAACUGGUGCUGAUCGUGUUGAAGAGCCCUUCGGGGCAGGGGAAGAGAACUCUCAGACACCAGCUUCUGUCGAAAACGAAGCCGAGGCUCAGAAGCUUGCGUCCGAUACAACAGAGAAUAAGGACGCGCCUAGGCCUACGAAACUCGUACUUAAAACCAGAGAGUCAGAUCCGGCGCGACCAAUGCCCUCUGUGGAGGGAGCUAUCGAUCCAUCUCUACAACCAAUCCGGCGUCGGGGCCCUGGCCGUCCUCCUAAGGAUGGCAUCAUGUCCAAGCGAGAGAGAGCAGAGUUGGCUCGAGAACAGAAGCUGGCAGCGAAGCGCGAGGCUAAUGGAGGCGUUACUCCUCCGCCUGCGAACCGAGCGAAAGCUGGCAAGGCUCCGGCCUCAACGACGGCGACUGUUACCCCCAAAGAGAUGGGCGGAGAGUCGCCUGGAUCGAAGCCUGAGAAGCGCAAAUACACCAAGAGGAAGAAGCCCGAUGGCACACCGAUGGAUUUCCCUCUACCUUCCACCGAAGGCGGGCAGUUCCCCAUGGAGCAUCGCCCGGAAGACUUCAUCAAAGCGCCCCCAGUCAAGAAGCGCAAACCCUCGCGGUCGCCAUCUCCAAACUAUCCUCCCGAGUCCGCAUAUACCCCGGAGGAUCUGGCCAAGCCGCCUUACAACUACGCCGUUCUCAUCUUUGAUGCUCUCACCGAGGCUGGUACUCCGAUGACACUCAAGCAGAUUUAUCGAGCGUUGAAGUUGAAAUACCCAUAUUUCCGUUUCAAGUGCGAAACUGAGGGUUGGACGUCCAGUGUACGGCAUAAUCUUAAUGGAAACAGUCAUCUCUUUAUGCACGCCGAGCGAGAUGGUAAAGGGUGGUCCUGGCAGCUUCGCCCGGGAGCUUCCGUCGAGAAGGAGAAGAAAAGACGCCCUUCACCUCCUCCGCCAGCAGCGCAGCCCCCUCCUCCCGCCGCUCCUCCCCAGUACAUGCCUGCAUUGAAUCCAUCGUAUGGCACUCAGCCGAAUGGACAGCCCAGCAUGGCCAACCCGCACUUUCAGUUCCCUGCUAUGCCGUCGAACCCAUACGCCACCCACCCUCCUGCUCCCGCCCCAUCUCCCGCUCCUCCUACACCUCAUCACGCGAGUCCCUAUCCCCCGCCUUCUCAACCCGCCGCCUCCACCCCCUUUCCGAUACCCAGUCCGCUCCGCAACAACCUUCCGCCCGCUUUCGCCCAGACCACCCCUUCCACCUACACCUCACCCUACGCAUCCGAUCCGCCCCCGCAGCUGGUUCAGCUACAGCAGGCGCAGCAAUCGCAACCGAUGCCUCCACAGCCCCAACAUCAGUCGCCCUAUCCGCCGCCGAAUCCCCCACCAAUGCCCCCGACUAACGCACCACACCCAACACAUCAGACGCAUGCUCCACCGCCACCACCCCCAGGGCAUCAUCCCCCUGGGCCUCCACCGGGGCCUCCGAUGCAGCAUCAGCCAAACAUGGGUGUUGGUCCUGGUCCGGGUCCGGGUCCGGGUCCCAUGGACAAUUCAGAUGCAUCCUCGUUCAAUGACCGUGCAAACAAAGCCAUUGACGAUUUUGAGGCUGUUCUUAUGGAGGAUUAUGAGGACAAGAACUACAUCCGAGAAGUGCUCAAGAGUGCGCGAGCCCGCGUACUGGGCAAUGCAACGGACAGCUCGUUCCCGGGCGGCGAACCGAAGGACGAAGAGGUUAUCGUGGAUGCCCUCCGUAAUCUAAUUGGGAGCCUCAAGGGAGAGUAGCGAGCAGUAAAUAGGGAGCAGCAACGGGCAUCCAAGGCAUGAGGAACAUUGGUGGCCUUGGCUUGACGACUUUUACGACUUGGGAUUCUGCAUUUUACUACAUAUUUUUCCAUAUGGAUUGUCGUGUCUAAUCUGCAUGCAGCUGGCACAUGGCGUUCCAACUUAGUUUGGAUCUGGUGUUCGAAGGGACGGAGAUAUGAUCAUGGCAAACAAGCGCAAGCGCUACCGAGCCUGAUCUUUGUCCUCUGGUUGGUUUUCUAAUGAGUAUGAAAAAACUCGAAGCUUUCACGAU